UCGCGGGGAAGAGAUGGCGGCGGCGCGGGGAGCCCGGCGACUCCUCAGCACUUCCUCCCUCUGGCUCUGCUGCCUGCUGCUGCUCGGACGCCGGGAGCCGGGCGCCGCGGCCGCCAGGAGCGGCUCCCCGCCGCAGUCCCCAGGAGCCAGCAUUCGAACAUUCACUCCAUUUUAUUUUCUGGUGGAGCCAGUGGAUACACUCUCAGUUCGAGGCUCUUCUGUUAUAUUAAACUGUUCAGCAUAUUCUGAGCCUUCUCCAAAAAUUGAAUGGAAAAAAGAUGGGACUUUUUUAAACUUAGUAUCAGAUGAUCGACGCCAGCUUCUCCCAGAUGGAUCCUUAUUUAUCAGCAAUGUGGUGCAUUCCAAACACAAUAAACCUGAUGAAGGUUAUUAUCAGUGUGUGGCCACCGUUGAGAGCCUUGGAACUAUUGUCAGCAGAACGGCCAAACUCACAGUAGCAGGUCUUCCAAGAUUUGCCAGCCAGCCAGAGCCUUCCUCUGCUUAUGCUGGGAACAACGCAGUUCUGAAUUGUGAAGUUAAUGCAGAUUUGGUCUCAUUUGUGAGAUGGGAACAGAACAGACAGCCCCUUCUUCUGGAUGACAGAGUUAUCAAGCUUCCAAGUGGAACGCUGGUCAUCAGCAACGUGACUGAAGGAGAUGAGGGACUUUAUCGCUGUGUAGUUGAAAGUGGUGGGCCACCAAAGUAUAGUGAUGAAGCUGAAUUGAAAGUUCUUCCAGAUCCUGAGAUUACCUCAAACUUGAUGUUUUUGAAGCAACCAUCUUCCUUAGUCAGAGUCAUUGGUCAGAGUGCAGUGUUGCCGUGUGUUGCUUCCGGACUUCCUACUCCAACCAUUAGAUGGAUGAAAAAUGAGGAGGCGCUUGACACAGAAAGCUCUGAAAGAUUGGUAUUGCUGGCAGGUGGCAGCCUGGACAUCAGCGAUGUCACUGAGGAUGAUGCUGGGACUUAUUUUUGUAUAGCCGAUAACGGAAAUGAGACAAUCGAAGCUCAAGCAGAGCUUACAGUGCAAGCCCAACCUGAAUUCCUGAAGCAACCUGCUAAUAUAUAUGCCCAUGAAUCUAUGGAUAUUGUAUUUGAAUGUGAAGUGACUGGGAAACCAACUCCCACUGUGAAGUGGGUCAAGAAUGGUGAUAUGGUUAUUCCAAGUGAUUACUUUAAGAUUGUAAAGGAACAUAACCUUCAAGUUUUGGGUCUGGUGAAAUCAGAUGAAGGAUUCUAUCAGUGCAUUGCUGAGAAUGAUGUUGGAAAUACGCAAGCUGGAGCCCAGCUGAUAAUCCUGGAGCAUGAUGUUGCCAUCCCAACAUUACCUCCCACUUCACUGACCAGUGCCACUACUGACCAUCUAGCACCAGCCACAACGGGACCACUGCCUUCAGCUCCUCGGGAUGUCGUGGCCUCCCUGGUCUCUACCCGCUUUAUCAAAUUGACGUGGCGGACACCUGCAUCAGACCCCCAUGGAGACAACCUUACCUACUCUGUCUUCUACACCAAGGAAGGGAUUGCUAGGGAACGUGUUGAGAAUACCAGUCAUCCAGGAGACAUGCAGGUAACCAUUCAAAACCUGAUGCCAGCAACUGUGUACAUCUUUAGAGUAAUGGCUCAAAAUAAGCACGGCUCUGGAGAGAGUUCAGCUCCACUACGAGUAGAAACACAGCCUGAGGUUCAGCUUCCUGGACCAGCACCUAACAUCCGAGCAUAUGCAAGUUCACCUACUUCCAUUAUUGUCACAUGGGAAACACCAUUGUCUGGGAAUGGGGAAAUUCAGAAUUACAAAUUGUACUACAUGGAGAAAGGAACUGACAAAGAGCAGGAUGUUGACGUUGCCAGUCACUCUUACACCAUCAAUGGGUUGAAAAAAUAUACAGAGUAUAGUUUCCGAGUGGUGGCCUACAAUAAGCAUGGCCCUGGAGUCUCCACACAAGAUGUUGCUGUUCGAACAUUGUCAGAUGUUCCCAGUGCUGCUCCUCAGAAUCUGUCCGUAGAAGUGAGAAAUUCAAAGAGUAUUGUGAUCCACUGGCAGCCCCCUCCUCUUGCCACACAAAAUGGGCAGAUUACAGGCUACAAGAUUCGUUACCGAAAGGCCUCCCGGAAGAGCGAUGUCACCGAAACCCUGGUAACUGGGACACAGCUGUCUCAGCUGAUUGAAGGUCUUGAUCGGGGGACCGAAUAUAAUUUCCGAGUGGCUGCUCUUACAGUCAAUGGUACAGGCCCAGCUACGGACUGGCUGUCUGCUGAAACUUUUGAAAGUGACUUAGAUGAAACUCGUGUUCCUGAAGUGCCUAGUUCUCUUCAUGUCCGCCCGCUUGUCACUAGUAUCGUAGUAAGCUGGACUCCGCCAGAGAAUCAGAACAUUGUAGUCAGAGGUUAUGCCAUUGGUUAUGGCAUUGGCAGCCCUCAUGCCCAGACCAUCAAAGUGGACUAUAAGCAGCGCUAUUACACCAUCGAAAACCUGGAUCCCAGCUCUCACUAUGUGAUUACCCUGAAAGCAUUUAACAAUGUGGGUGAAGGCAUUCCUCUAUAUGAGAGUGCUGUGACCAGGCCUCACACAGUGCCAGAUCCCACUCCCAUGAUGCCACCAGUGGGAGUUCAGGCUUCCAUUCUGAGUCAUGACACCAUAAGGAUUACGUGGGCAGACAACUCACUGCCCAAACACCAGAAGAUUACAGACUCACGAUACUACACAGUCCGCUGGAAGACCAACAUCCCAGCAAACACCAAGUACAAGAAUGCAAAUGCAACAACUUUGAAUUAUUUGGUGACUGGUUUAAAACCAAAUACACUGUAUGAAUUCUCUGUGAUGGUGACCAAAGGUCGAAGAUCAAGCACAUGGAGUAUGACAGCCCAUGGGACCACCUUUGAAUUAGUUCCUACUUCUCCACCCAAGGAUGUGACAGUUGUGAGUAAAGAGGGAAAACCUAGAACCAUAAUUGUGAAUUGGCAGCCUCCCUCUGAAGCCAACGGCAAAAUUACAGGUUACAUCAUCUAUUACAGUACAGAUGUGAAUGCAGAGAUACAUGACUGGGUUAUCGAGCCUGUUGUGGGAAACAGACUGACUCACCAGAUACAAGAGUUAACGCUGGACACACCAUACUACUUCAAAAUCCAAGCCCGGAACUCAAAGGGCAUGGGGCCCAUGUCCGAAGCUGUCCAAUUCAGAACACCGAAAGCGGACUCCUCUGAUAAAAUGCCUAAUGAUCAAGCCUCAGGGUCUGCAGGAAAAGGAAGCCGGCUGCCAGACCUAGGAUCUGACUACAAACCUCCAAUGAGCGGCAGCAACAGUCCUCACGGAAGCCCCACGUCCCCUCUGGACAGUAAUAUGCUGCUGGUCAUCAUCGUUUCUGUUGGAGUCAUCACCAUUGUGGUGGUUGUGAUCAUUGCUGUCUUCUGCACCAGGCGUACCACCUCUCACCAGAAAAAGAAACGUGCUGCAUGCAAAUCAGUGAAUGGCUCCCACAAGUACAAAGGAAACUCCAAAGAUGUCAAACCCCCAGACCUCUGGAUCCACCAUGAGAGACUGGAGCUGAAACCCAUUGAUAAGUCUCCAGACCCAAACCCCAUCAUGACUGAUACUCCAAUCCCUCGCAACUCUCAAGAUAUCACGCCAGUUGACAAUUCCAUGGACAGCAGUAUUCAUCAAAGGCGGAAUUCAUACAGAGGGCAUGAAUCAGAGGACAGCAUGUCCACACUGGCUGGAAGGCGAGGAAUGAGACCAAAAAUGAUGAUGCCUUUUGACUCCCAACCACCCCAGCCUGUGAUUAGUGCCCAUCCCAUCCAUUCCCUCGAUAACCCUCACCAUCAUUUCCACUCCAGCAGCCUCGCUUCUCCAGCUCGCAGUCAUCUCUACCACCCGGGCAGCCCCUGGCCCCUUGGCACAUCCAUGUCCCUUUCAGACAGGGCCAAUUCCACAGAAUCCGUUCGAAAUACCCCAAGCACUGACACCAUGCCAGCCUCCUCGUCUCAGACAUGCUGUACUGAUCACCAGGAUCCUGAAGGUGCUACCAGCUCCUCUUACUUGGCCAGCUCUCAAGAGGAAGAUUCAGGCCAGAGCCUUCCUACAGCCCAUGUUCGCCCUUCCCACCCACUGAAGAGCUUUGCUGUGCCAGCAAUCCCGCCCCCGGGACCUCCCACCUACGAUCCGGCGUUACCAAGCACACCGUUGCUGUCCCAGCAAGCUCUGAACCAUCACAUUCACGCAGUGAAGACAGCCUCCAUCGGGACUUUAGGGAGGAGCCGGCCUCCUAUGCCAGUGGUUGUUCCCAGUGCCCCUGAAGUGCAGGAGACCACGAGGAUGCUGGAAGACUCUGAGAGUAGCUCUGAACCAGAUGAGCUGACCAAAGAGAUGGCCCACCUGGAAGGACUCAUGAAGGACCUAAACGCCAUCACGACAGCAUGAUGACCCUCACCAGGACAUGACUCCAAGCCUGGGUCUAGAAGUCUUGGGACUUAGCCUUGAAAAGCAAGGAAUUGUACAGAGUACGAGAGGACAGCACUUGAGAACACAGAGUGAGCGAGCAGACGAGCCAGCGCUCCAUUGGCGCUGGCUCCAGGCAUGGCCACCUGCCUUCUCCUGGUCAGCCUGGAAGAAGCCUGUGUUGGGGCAGCCUCCCUUUGCCUGCUGAGACCCUGCAGGACUGGGCACCAUGGGCCAAAAUUCUGCGUCCAGGGAAGAGGCAAGACGUGCAACCUACAUUUAACUUUGUGGUCAGGCUGCGUCUUCGUGCUGCGACUGCAUCGCCUUUAUGGAGUGUAGACAUUGGCAUUUAUGUACAACUUUAUUUGUGUCCUAUUUUAUUUUACCUUUUAAAAAAACACUAUCCAAAACCAAGGAAGUCCGUGGUGUUCUCCACAAGUGGUUGACAGUUGACUACUUGUUUUAGUUUUGUGAGGAAAGUCAUUGACAGUGUGGAUUGUUCCAAGGGUUGGCUUGUUUUGUUUUAAAUUUUUGUUCUGAUUUGUAAUUCUGAGUCAUUGCAUCCUCUGCCAGCUGUCAGUCCAUCACUUCAGGGGAGGAAAUGGCGCGUUGCUGUUUGUAAGCUUUUUUAUUAUUUUUUUAUAAUUAUUAAAGGCCUGAUUUUCUCCCCUCAUCACUGUGAGAUUACAGAUCUGAAUGAAAUGUAACAUUGGAAAGACUUGUUUGUUGCUCUCUGUGCAGUUUCAGUAUUGGGGUGGGGG